AACCAGUUGUGUUAAUUGUCAGUAAGAUGCUUCAGAAUUGCUUUCCUGUUCUCUGUUUGGUGUCUUGAGGUUAUAUGCUUAGAAGCAUCAAAGCAACAGCAAAAAUUCAAUCCAGAGAAAAAAAAAGAAAGGAAAAGAGAUAAAGAAACAAAGUACAGAAGGAAACUUCCUAAGCAGAAACUUCAACAUUCGUAGAUGAAGUUUUGUUGGCCUUGUUUCAUUAGAAGCUGUAGAAUAAGUAGAGUUUCUCGUCUUCGCUACCUUGUUCACUUUAGUAAAAGAAUUCAAUAAAGAAGGUUCAAGAAUCAAUGGACACAAAAGUAGACAUGCAAGGCCCAGCUAGGAAGAAAUUUAAAGUAGUGUCAAUUGUUGCUGUUUUUAAUAGAAUUCAUCCUCAUGCAUGUUUGCAGUCAACAGAACAUCACUAUAAUGAACAUACACUGUUUCCUGUCCACAAGUGAUGUAAUCAAGGACCUGAGGCCUUGUGUGAACUACCUCAUGAAUGGCACUGGGAAACCACCUGCUGCAUGCUGUUCAGGAAUCUCAGCUAUUCAAGCUGCUGCAUCAACCACGGCUGAUAAGCAGGCAGCUUGUAACUGCAUCAAGUCAGCUUCCAAGCAAAUAAAUCCAAAGCCCCAGUUAGCACAGGCUCUUCCAGCUAACUGUGGAAUCACCUUGCCUUUCACUGUUUCACCCAAUGUUGAUUGUUCCAAGAUUACUUAGUUGAAAUGGAAAUGGUCUGGUGAAUGCUUUUCGAUCCUAUAUAUUUCGAGUGAAAUAGAAUAGUUGUACCUCAUUUCAUUCAUGUCUGCCUGUGUGUAUGGGAAGCUAAGGAAAAAUCGCAAAACAAAUAAUUUAUUGUGAAUGUGUUAAUUCUAUUAUAGAUGGCCUAUUUAGAAUCUA